CACCUUUUCUUGCCCAUUAGCUUUCACCUAAUUAUUCUCCUGUUCUUUUUUAUCUCUCGCUCGCUCUUUCUUUCUUCCAGUACCAUCUUCUUCUCAAGGCUCCAUAAACCCUUUCUCUCUACCUUUUGCAAUUUGCUUGACAAAAAAAAUGGCUAUGGUUAAUGCUUCCUUAGCUCAUUCUUUAAAGAACUGCUUUCCUGUUCUUUUCCCUUCUUCCUCUUCAUUUCCUAGUAUCUCUACAUCUUUCUUUAGAAUCCCUCCUACUGCGUCUUUCUCUACUGCAUUGCCUUCUUCUAGAAGUAGAAGAUGCUUCUUUCCAUCUUUUGCUAUCAAGAAUGAGGUUUUUGAAGCUGUUGAUGGGUCUGAAGCACUAGAAGAACGUGUGAAGGAGCCUGAAGAGACAUUUUUGUAUUCUUUCAGCCCAUUGCCUUUGCUUCUUGUGGCUGCUCUUCCUGGAGCUGGUACUGUGAGAUCUCUCUUUGGGCCUUUUGUGGAGCUUGUAAAAUCAUGGAAUCUUCCCGAUUGGCUUGUGCAUUGGGGUCAUCCUGGAAACAUGGCUGUUGUCCUUUUUGCAAUGGGUGGUUAUGGAACAUACUUGGGAUUUCAAAUUCGUUUUUCUGAUGAUGUGGAGGUGAAGGCCAAGGCUAAAGACUUGCACCCAAAGCUUCUAGGUGGCAUGUUUUUCUUCUUUGCUCUUGGAGCAACUGGUGGAAUAACAUCUUUACUCACUUCAGAUAAACCAAUUUUUGAGAGUCCACAUGCUGUUACUGGUUUUAUAGGCCAUGCUCUGUUGACCAUACAGACAAUUUUACCAGCACUCUUUGAGGGAAAUCCCGGAUUGAAUCCCGGAUUGCGAAACAUUCAUGGGAUCUUGGGAAGUAGCAUUAUGACACUCUUUCUUCUACAUGCUGCUCUAGGACUUCAACUUGGUCUCAGUUACUAAUCAUGGACCAGACACUUACAAAAUUCUUUCCUGAUUUAGUUUUUUGGCUUAUCCUGUAUAUUCUUUCUGGAUAAUAAUUCAUGUUAUUAAAAAUGUUAUAUAUAGUAAUUAGUUAUAUACUCAUAUUUGAACAACA